ACGAUGCAUUAUACAUACCAAUUUGUAUUAGCAUUCUACCAGUAGAGAAAGAAACAUCGGGAUGAAGUUUGGAAAACAUUUUGAGAGGCAGAAGGUGCCUGAGUGGACGGAGGCCAAUGUUGACUACAAUGGCCUCAUGGGGAUAUUACGGGAGAUAGUGAGGUAUAAGCAGCAGAGCAAGCAAACAGCGCCGCCCUCGAGAGCCUUGUCACUGUACAGGUCCUUCAGUGGCCUAAUCAAACUGCCUCGUGGCCCCACGAGCAAUGGGGACAUCGAGGAUCAAGUGAUUGAUGUUAACUUGUCGCGGCAUGAAGGUUCCCGCCCACAUUACAGAACUGACUUCCUGAGGCAGUCUGAAGAAGGAGGCGACAUCGAGACCAAAUUCUUUGAGAAACUCGACGAUGACCUCAACAAGGUCAAUGCCUUUUAUAAGGCUAAGGUGGACGAAGUGAUGAACGAAAGGGACUUGCUAAACAAACUGAUGGAUGCCCUUAUUGCAUUGAGAAUCAAGGUGCGAAAGCCUCAUCUUGAUGGGUCAAAAUUGAACACAGAUGGCAUAUCUGUCACCAACAAGGAGCCCUCGACAAGCAAUGACUCAACUCGGGCCAAUAACGCAGAAGAUGCUAACAGUUUCAUGGGGAAAUUUGUAGAAGAACUUGUUGCUGAUCCAGAAUUUAGUCCUAUUGAUAUCACCUCUUCAAAUAAGAAUCGUAGUCGGAAGGUGAACGAAUGCAGAGAAGAUCCACUUAACAUACUCGAAAAUGUGAAGAUCUAUAAUGCACGUGAAUCUCCAAUGUCCAUGCUGAGAGGUGUUCUAAAAGAUUCCAAAGAUGUUCACUUGAGCUUCAACAAGGCGGAGUUGAGGGAAGUAGAGAACAGAUUAAGGCGUGUAUUCAUCGAAUUCUACCAGAAGCUUCAUCUCCUGAAGCAUUACAGUUUCAUGAACCUCUCGGCAUUUGCCAAGAUCUUGAAGAAGUACGAAAAGAUAACUUCAAGGAGAGUAUUGAGGUCAUACAUGGAAACAGUGGAAAGCUCUCACAUCGGCAAUUCUGAUGAGAUUUCUGCUCUGAUGGAGAGGGUGGAGGCUAUAUUUGUCAAGUAUUUUGCGAAUUCAGACCGGAAGAAAGGUAUAAAAUCAUUAAGGCCGAAGACUAAAAAGGAGAAGCACAGGGUAACCUUUUUUUCAGGCUUCUUUUCUGGUUGCUCGGUUGCCCUUGUUGCUGCAGUGGUUUUAAGAAUACAAACCAGAAAUCUGAUGGAGAAACCGGAGGGCGCCAUAUACAUGGAUAAUGUUUUCCCAUUGUACAGUUUCUUCGGUUAUGUUAUCCUACACAUGCUAAUGUACGCUGCAAACAUAUACUUUUGGAGGCGUUACAAGAUCAACUAUCCAUUCCUUUUUGGCUUUAAGAAAGGCACCGAGCUUGGGUACCGUGAUGUUUUCCUCCUCGCCACUGGGCUAGCAGUACUUGCCCUGGUUGGUUUCCUGGCAAACCUGAGCUUGGACUUGGGCUCCAGAAUUCACCAUUACAAGACAUUUACUCAACUAGUUCCUCUGGUUGUAGUCACGGUUGUUCUUUUCAUAAUUUUCUGCCCGUUUGACAUCAUAUACCGUUUGAGUCGGUUUUUCUUCCUCAGAUGCAUUUUUCGCUGUAUUUGUGCUCCACUCUACAAGGUUACAAUGCCUAACUCUAUUUUAGCGGACAACCUUACAAGCCAGGUGUCUGCCUUUAGAUGUAUCGAGCUAUACAUUUGCUACUACUGCUUAGGGGAGUAUUCUGAAAGGCAGAGGUGCCACAGUCACGGUGCCUAUGAUGUUUUUUACUUCGUUGCUGGCGUUAUACCUUUCUGGAUGAUCUUUCUGCAGUGCCUUCGUUCGCUGUGGGAAGACAGGGAUGCGAAGCAUGCUUUUAACUGUCUUAAGUACUUUGUGACGAUCGUUGCUGUUCUAAUGAGAACCGUUUCCGAACUAAGGAGCAGAGAAGUGUGGAUCGUGCUCGGGCUGGUCAGCUCCUCUCUGGUUGUAAUCAUGAACACGUUCUGGGAUGUCGUAGUAGAUUGGGGACUCCUGCGGAGGCAUUCAAGGAAUUCCUAUCUGAGAGACAGACUUCUGGUCCCGCACAAAAGCGUCUACUUCGCAGCUUUGGUAUUGGACAUAGUUUUGAGGAUCGCAUGGAUGCAGCUGGUGCUCGAGUUUAGUUUGCCUGCUCUACAAGAAAUGGCAGCAUCAACCACUCUCUCCUGUCUCGAAAUAGUCCGCCGCGGAAUCUGGAACUUUUUCAGGUUGGAGAAUGAACAAGUGAACAACGUGGGCCAGUAUCGGGCAUUCAAGUCGGUCCCCCACCCCUUUAGCUAUUGCGAUGACGACGACGACGACGGCGACGACAAUGAUGAUGCUGAUGAUGAUCAUCCUGACAAGGAGAAAUAGUUUGACACCAGAUCAAAGAUCAACAAGAAGGUAAACAUUGAGAAAACGGGUUUGGUGCAGUAGCAUCACGCUUGACUUGAACCAAGAUCAUGAGUUAGAUUCUUACCGGUGAGUUUUCUCUGCUUGGGAGAAAGUAAAUUGUAAAAAUUUAUACUCCGGGGACUAAGACACGUGAGGUAAAAUCCUGACAUGUCCGUAUGUAUU